AUGACAACUAUCACUAUCCCUCCCGAUGCCUUCGACGCUCUCAAGGGAAAAACUGUUAUAAUCACCGGUGGUCGCUCUGGUAUUGGGGAAGCAGCUGUCAACCUCCUAGCAUCCCACGGUGCCAACGUUGUUUACGGCGAUAUCGGUCCUGGCUCCUUCAUCCAGCCAAACGUUCACUUUAAGAAGACGGAUGUAACCGACUUUGGAACUCUUCAGGAGCUCUUCAAAUUCACCGAAGACAACUUUGGUCCUGUUGAUAUAGUUCUACCAAACGCAGGCAUCCACGAGGAGGAAGAUUGGAACAGUGAGGAGUGGUUGAACAGUACAGCAGGGAGCAAAGUCGUGGAUGUCAACUAUACCGGCGUCUUGUAUACACUCAAGCUUGCGCUUUUGAGCUUCAAGCGGAGUGGGAAGCAGGGCAGUGUCACUAUCACUGGGAGCGCGAGUAGCUACCUGGAUAGCUCGCCCGUGUGCAUCUAUGCGGGCACAAAGCAUGGUGUUCUGGGGCUUAUGAGAAGCGCCAAGACAGUGGUUGGACCCAUAGCGAGAAUAAACCUUGUUGCACCAUGGAUGGUGAAAACAGGCCUACCUGGGGAGGGAAUCUUGGAGCUCUGGGGAGACUUGCCUUUAAACUCACCUCUGGGUGUGGCAAAAGCUAUCCUCUAUGCCGCUGUGGAGGAGAAAUUUAAUGGAAAAGGUUUCUUCGUAGGUGGUGAUGAUAUCAUCGAGUUAGAGGAAGGGAUUGAGGGGACGAGACCUCAAUGGUUGACACAAAACCAGAGUGAUCUUGUCCAAGAGGGGUGGAUGAAGUUAAGCAAACCGAGACAAAUGAACUUUUAG